UAAACGUGACAUUAGUUUAGAGACAAAGUAAAAUACCCGUACAUAUUUUAUACGUAACUUUCUCGUACCAUAUUUUACUAACUAUGGUAAGUAUGAGUGAAAAUUCAAAAUUAUAUGGUAUGUAAAUGUAUGGGGUGAAGGAGGACAUUAGGUGGUUUGGGUGAGUUUUAGCAUCAAAUUGACAUAUCUGCUUACUGACGAGUUGGUAGAAUUGUUAUCUGAUGUUACCACUCACCCACAGUCUUCUUAUGCUUGGAUUACGUUGUUGGUGAGUGAUUGUGACUGGGCUGCGAGUUAAUAUGCAAAAAAUAAUUCUCCAACUAGUCAUUAAACAAGUUGACUAACAUUCAUAAAUUCAUCAUAAAUUGGUAAGAUUGUAGCAAUUUAGACACCUUUCAUUUCGUCUCUUGCGGAUCCAACUAGUACUUGGAACCUGGGGGAAAAAUAUUGCUCAUACCACCUUUUAAUUUGGUGAUAUAAUUAAUUGUGUAGGGGUUUUUUGUUGAAAAAUAUCCAUCACAAUUCUAUCAUUUCUCUCCUUUCUCUCUGAACUAGGUCAUCUUGAUCUCGUUUCCAAUGGAGGUGGUCGCUGAUUAAGCAUCAUCAGGAGUCGUCAAUGGCAGUUGCUUGUGGGCAUCUUAGUUCAGCAUAGCUCCUGACGGUAGAUUAGAUUACUAUGAGUGGGAGUUCAUUGAUGAAGAUCUCAAAAUCGAUGAUCGACGAAGGCGCUAAACGUUGGGAAAACAAUCUUGUUGGGAAGGGAUGGUGAAGUGCAUUGGCGACAAGAUAGUUCUAUUUCAGUUCUCGUCUGUAGUGAACUGUCGAUGGGGUUUCGAGGGUGGUGCGUGGCCUCACAGAGACAAUAUGAUUUUUCUUGUGAAAGUGGGUUCUAGGUAUCCAGUAGAUCACAAUUGUUAACUCUAAGAUUCUAGUAUUGGUUCGUCUCUCUAAUCUGCCGACAGAAUUUGCAAAUAAAGAGGGACUUGGAGGAUUCUUAGUUCAAUUGGCAGACCAUUAUGUAUGGACCUACCUGCCUGAAGCGGGAGAAAAUUAGGUUAUGCCAAGGUAUGUAUAGAGAUUUUUACGGAGGCAAAGCAUAUUAACAAGUUGAAUGUGAAGCUUAAUGGUAUGACUAACCUGUGGAUUGCUAUGGAGUACAGUAAUAUGCCUUGCUUUGUUCCAAAUGUGUAGGUGAAGCAGCAGGUUGUGGGUAAUCUGGUUGGAAAGGGGGUUGAAGAGUAGAAGUGGUAGUGUCCUCCUUGGAAGAGCCUAGUGGUUCAGGUACAACCUAUGAGAAUCAUGUGCAGUUGCUUGCUCGGGUAAUUAUCCCCCACCCCCAACUGAAAGUUUGGUGUUGGUGAUGCAAUCAAAAGCUAGCUUUUAGAUAGAAGCGAAAUGAUGGAUAAAAGCGAAAGCUUUUACAUAUACUGUAAAUUAUAUUAAAAAGUCUAACUAUAGCAUGUAUUCUGCAGAAUAUAAACAAAUAAGCGAGUUAGAUCAUAUUCAAUAGAUCAUUCUCGCACACAAAUUAAAUGAUAGGCUCUUAAACUAGAAUAAAUCUAAGUCGCAAGUCCCAACAAUAAAUUCUUAAUCAUAGAAUUUUUCAAGGUUGUUGAUGACACUGGAGCUAUAGUAUAUAAAGGAAAAUGCAACACAUGCGGCAGAUAUUUGAUGCAAAGUCAAGGAGUAGCACAUCAACAUUGUGACACCAUGUUAAGAGAUGUGAGAAACAUUUUCCUGAUUCAAAUUCUAGUGAUGAUGAAUACCAUGUGGAUGGACUUGAUACUUGUCACAGUUGUGGCCACAAUAAGGUAACACGGGAAGCCUAUCGUGAUAAGUUAGUUGUAACAAUGGUUUCUCACGACUAUGUUUAGAUGUGAUGAGCAUAAGGGGACUAGAGAUCUGCAUCGUUAUCUGAAUAGUAAGGUUAAACCAAAUUCAAGAAACGCACAUAAAUCUGAUAUAAUGAAGAUGCAUGAAAAAAUGAAAGAGGAGAUGAAAGUUAAUUUUGCACGGUAUUUCUAGUCGUAUUUGUUUGACUAUUGAUAUGCGUACAUCUUUGACAAGCAGAGACGUUAUAUUCUUAUGACUCAUUAUAUUGAUGAGAAAUGGAAGUUUAAUAGCAAGCAUUUUGAGUUUUUGUCAUCUUCCUCCUGCACAUUCAGCUUUUAGGGUGAAAUCUACAAUUUAUCGUCUGCUUAAGGAGUGAGGUAUUGAUAACGAGAUAUCCUCUAUCACUUUGGAUAAUGCUAGCAAUAUGAAUAACAUGCAAAAUGAGUUGUAUGAUUAGUUGAAUGGAUAGAAUGGGUUAGUCAGUUCUGGUAAAUACUUUCAUAUACAUUGUUGUGGGCAUAUAUUGAAUCUUAUUAUUCAAGAUGGAUUGAAAGUGAUAAGAGAUGACAUCAAAUAUGUUAGAGAUUCUAUCAAAGAUGUAGAAGGUUUUGAAGGAAGGAAGAUUAAUUUGAAAAGUAGGUCAUAUUUGACUUUUAUUAAUAAUUAAUUCAGACUAAAAAGUACUAACAUUAUCAUACACUAGUCAAUAACUUAAAUUAAAGUUUGGAGUGUCAAUAAUUUGAUAUUGAGGACUGCUGGUACUACUGCCGCCUGGUGCAUUGGUCGUUGUUGCAGCUGAAAUGGACCAUGUCGGGUCUUGUACGACUUCCUCUAGGGAAAGCCACCAGCCGGUGCUGUGAAACUAGGAGGCUUGGUGUUGUUGUUGUUGCUGCCACCCUAGGAGAGAUGGGGAUGCUGGCGCCACCCCUCAUUAUAAGUACUGUUGUAGGGAUCGAGGCCCCGAGCAUUGGCAAUAAAGUCCAACUGCUCCUGUGGGGUGGUGGAGUCCAGCAUGGCCUGAUAGUCUCCCACCAAAUGGUUUGAGCUUUUGCACCAAUGACAUUGGGAUACUGGAGGCGCUGUCAUGCCUCUACCCGGUAUGAGGCUGUUAGGCUGCUUCAAUGUCUAAACCAGCUCUGCCACUUCUCGUUCAAGCCCCGAGCUUGUCUCCACGACAUGCACACCUCCGUCCCUCGAACUACUGCUUCGUGUGAUCUACCCCCAAGAAUGGUCCCGAGCGGCCAAAAUAUGGAUCAUCUGGUUCAACAAUGGCAGAGUCUUGGUGAGAAUGUUUCCACCCAUGCACAAAGACUCGAUCAACCAUUGACUCUCUAGGUACAAAGCACUAUAGAAGUUCCCCACAAUGAAUGCAUCACUAAAACCAUGGUGGAGACACUUCCAGAACAAUCCAAAAUAUCGUUCCCAAGCGUCUCUCAAGGACUCAUCAUCUUCCUGGCGAAAAUGGGCGAUCUCAUGCUGAAUCUCUAAAGUCUUCGAGGCUGGAUAGUAUUGGUGCACGGAUUUGUUAGCUAGAUCAUCCCAGGAAGUGUUGGACAGUGUUGGUUGAGUUUCUAGCCACCUCUUUUUGUGCCCCGCCAGUGAGUGGGGGAAAAGGUGAAGGCGGAUUGUAUCAUCUGGAACACCAUUCAGCUUGAAACCGUUGGUCAGCUGCAAGAACAAAGAAAGGUGUACUCUCGCCUCUUCAUCCUUGAGCCCAUGAAACUGGAUGGAGGAUGUAAUCAACUAGAUCCAACAAGGCUUGAUCUCAAAGUUGUUAGCAGGUAUGGGCGGAUACUGGAUGACUGAGCGGAUAUCAGCAAGCCGUGGAGUGUAGAAGUACUCCAUCCGGCGUAGUUGACUGUUGGUGGGAAGCUUUUACCUGUAGAUUGCCAUUGUUAGGCAGAACCUGAUUCACCGAGGGUAGGGAUGGGAAACCUAACCGGGAUUUAGGGUACCCACCCGAAACCGAGUCGGUCAACUCGGGCAAAAACCGCAUUAACCGGGUGACGGGUCGGGGAUGGGGAAACCCGAAUAUUGCUAUGUACGGUGACGGAUCAGCGACGGAUUCAUCACUAUCCGCCCCGAUCGCCAAUCCGUACCCGCCCCGAUCGCCCAAAUCUCUAGUCCCAUACUCCCAAUAUAGGCAGAUUAGCAAUCAUCGAUCCAAUUAAGUUAAGAGCCAUGC